UAGCAAAGGAAUGGCCUGUCUUACUUUGCUGCGUUCUGCCUCCGAUUGGCUUACCCUGAUGGCUACGGUUACAUGAUGGCUUCUCAUUUGGAAUGAAAUAAAUCUGAAUGAAAUCAUUCGGAAUUAAAGUGUUUCCAGGUAGUUUACAUGGGAAAUAUUAAUCCCGAAUGAGGGUUUACAUGGGAGAUCAGUUCAAUCGCCUUUAUUCGGGUCUGCGCAAGGUUUGGGUCAGGGGAGGUUUCUGAUUGGACAGGGGGCGGGGCGGAUGUUACGUGUUUACGUUUACCGGAAGAAAACACUGUAGUCCUCGCUCCGGAUAACAAGAUGCUUGACGACGCCGUUAUUAGUGCCUUUUUCAGGCUUGUUUUGCUUAUAUUCUUGAAGCAGCAGUACGACAACAACCUUGUUCUGCUAAUGCUUCAUCUGUUGAGCAGGAGAAGGGAGGUAGAAGACCGUGCUGUGGCGAAUGGAAACCGGUACACGCGGCCCAAUAAAUAGCAAACCGUGGAGGAUGAUGGCAAGUAAAGCGAAGCAGAUCCUCUUGUUCAGAGUCAGUCAGAGGAGAGAGAUACAGGAUGGACAUGAAGCAGAUUUUCAUCUUUGGACUUUUUCUCGUGCCCGUGUUGACGUGCAAGAUGAACCGGUGCUAUGAUGAGCACGAGCUGAGCGACGCAGCGGAGAGGAAGCUGAGGAUGCACUACCCACAGCCUCCGGAGCCUUCAACCCAGAAUGCACCCGAUUCACCUGCCUCCUGCCCCGUGGACCAUUUCCAUCAGCAGCCGCCUCAGGACAUCAGCGAGAGGUCCCUGUCUCCCUGGAGAUACUUACUUGUGACAAAUAAGGAUCACUAUCCCUCCACCUAUGCCGAGGCUCAGUGCCUGUGCUCAGGAUGCAUCCUGAUCCAGAACAAGGGCCCCCCAGUGGAGAGCCACGACUACAUUUCGUACCCUGUAAAGCAGAGCAGGGUGUUUCUCAAGAAGGAGCUCUGCGACGAUGGAAAGAGAUACCAUCUGAAGCCAGUUACUGUGGAUGUGGCUGUGGGCUGCACCUGCACCAGAGUAAAGACCUCCUCCUAGAGGGGAGCCAUCCAGACCUGCUGCCACAGUGGCACGCUACAGCUUAUGUUGUGUUUGUUUUAAAAUGCACCAAGUUCUCUAGAAAGUCAAACUCAGGGGUGUUAGGUCCUGCACUGUCAUCAGUGAGCAGACAUGACUGUUUGCACAGAGGAAACAUCGGUCCAGCGUGCUCUCUCAUGACAGUGCCACGCCUAAACACACAGCCGACACCCCUGGGAUAAUUUAUGAGGCUUUAAAAGCCACAUCAGCCUGUUUUUACAGGCCUAUUUAUUGUGAUAAUAGCUCAAAAUUGAUACGUCUUUAAUGUGUUUGUUUUGUAGGUCUUCGGACAUGUUUACAGCUCUGCCCAGUGCAGGUAAUGUAAACUGGGUGUUGUCAUUGAGGAAAAUAACUAUUGUAUAGUUUUGUAAAAUAAUUAUUUAACAGCUACAAGUAUUUAAAUAAUUAUCUAUUUAUUUGGUUUGUUUUGCAUGUGUAAUGUUUAAGCAUAAGGAAAACUGUGUAUUUAUUUAUUUUGGAUAUCUUGUAGCUUUAGUCCCAGUGGGACUUUAAAAGUCUGGUAAAGACUCAAAGUUCAGCUUCUUUGAAGCAAAAUAAAGAAAUAUGAUUUAAAAAGAAAACUUAUUCUCUUGUUUCUUUAUUUAAAGCUGAUAUUGGAGCAUGCAGGGUUGGAUUACCAAGCAG